UAUUUCCAGCUGUGCCAUCGGCGCAAACCAAAGCAUGUUGAUACGGUCGAUAGGUUUUCAACGUACCGGUAUUUCAGUUCGUUCGUUUGUUGGAGGACAACGAGUUAGACAUUUUGCAAAAAUGGCAACUGAAGCAAAGAGAGCAAAGCUUGAAGGUGAGGCGAGAGAAACUGGCCUAGCAACCCUUAAAGCUGCUGGUUGGACAGAAGUAGACGGCCGUGAUGCAAUCUACAGGGAGUUCAUCUUCAAAAAUUUCAACCAGGCGUUCGGCUUCAUGAGCCGCUCGGCGCUGCGCGCUGAGAAGAUGAACCACCAUCCCGAGUGGUUCAACGUCUACAACAAGGUGCAGGUGACGCUGAGCUCGCACGACGUUGGCGGCCUCUCCGAGCGAGACCUCAAGCUCGCCAAGUUCAUGAACAAGGCCGCCGCCUGCUUCGCAAAGUGAAUCGUCGUCACGUCGGACGGGCGGUAUCUCCCGCGCCGCGCGUCAGCGUUCCCUUGGAGGGAACACGCCGGUCGGAAAUCUGCGCGAAGGGGGCACUAGUAUUACAGACCUCCUAGGGUGCGAUGAGAUGACUUGUAGAAUCAUAGGCGUUUGACGUCAGGUGGUACUAUCGUUUAACAUUUUUCUGAUUGAGGUGUUUUGAUGUCUAUCUGUCUGUCUGCCUACAGUUUUAGCAUAAUACGUGUGGUAUGUCUGUUGAAAUUUCUCUCUGCUAACACUUGUUUUUUUGGAAAAAUUUUAAUGUGAGAGUAACAGUCUAUACUUCUACGUUUCUGACAUAAGAUAACAAGAAGCUAUCAAAAAGUUAUAUAGGUACAUCAGUACAUUCCUCUCUCUUCAUGCUGCCAAUUCAAAAAGUUAAUUUUAUAUUAAUACACAAACUCAUAUAACUUUCACAUGGUAACUGUUACCUAUUUAAGGAUCUCAUGGUUUGUGAAUGAUAUUAGUUCUGUCGUUGUUUUCAACUUCUAUAAGGCAUUAUUGAUGAUGCAUUCAUCCAGUUUUAUUGUUUAUUAUUCAUCAAUACCAAUGCAAGCAAUAAUGUCAAACAACAUUGGCCCUCCUAGACUAAUAGACUAGGGUUUCAUUUAUUUUUUAAAUACUGUUAAAUGUUAGAAUUUGUGUCUAUAACAUAGUGUCAAAUUCAACUUGUGUAAUAGUAAAAAUUGUGAUACUAGUAUAUGUAGUAUGUAUUCUUUAAACUAAGAGAUUUUGAAAGUCUGGCAUUAAGUAAAUUUCGUGUUUAAUCGUGGUAGAAACCACUCACCUGCCUUUAGGUAUUGGCUAGUGGUAAAAUUCAAGUAACUUCACAUGUCAGCAGUCAACAGGUUCUGGUGCAAUGCAUGGAUAAGCCUACCUGUGACCCAUGUGUUAAAUAAAUGCAUUUAAAUUGUUUUUCUCGGGUUAUCUAGUUAUUCUCGGUAUUUAAAAAAAUUUGACGUUAUAAAAAAAUUUGUCUAUGCAUAUAUGAGAAUACUCUUGAUUUGACCAAGUUUCUUUCAGUUUUAAAUGCAUUUGCCACGGUAAUGUAUUGUGAAAUGUGACUGAAAGUUGAUAGUACUAUGUAUGCAUCUAUUGUUGUAAUGUAUCAAUAAAAUGUAACGUGUGUAAUGAAGUUCUUUAGUCAGGUUACAUUAUCAGAACAUCAGGGUGAUCCGGUGCUUUUGUUGGCAGCUAUAGUGAUAGCUGCUUCUAUUGGCCAGCUAUCUUUAUGUAUAUGUGGUACAGUGUAUAAUAAAUACUCUAUCUAACCAGCAA